AUGCGGGCGGCGUGCGGCGGUCGCUACAUGCAGUACUUCGCUGCCAUCUCAGCGUCGCUGAGCGUGGCCAUGCAAGGGGCGUUCCUGGGCUGGCCAGCGCCGACGCUGCCGAAGCUGGAGGCGGCCGACUCGCCGGUGCCGAUCACUCUGGAGCAGGCCUCGUGGCUGGCGUCCAUCAACUCGCUGACGACGCUGAUCGCCGUGCCGCUGGUGGCCCUCACCAUAGACCGGCUGGGCCGCAAGUGGCUGCUGCUGCUCGCCGCCGCGCCGUUCGCCGUCUUCUGGCUGAUGGUCGCCUUCGUCUCCUCCUUCGAGAUGCUGCUCGCCGCCCGCAUCAUCGGCAGCAUCGGCUCCGGCAUAGCGCUCUCGGUGCCGCACCUGUACGUGUCCGAGGUGGCACAGACCCACAUCCGGGGCGCGCUGGCCGCGCUCUUCAUGAUCAUGAUGAACAGCGGGAACCUGUACAUCAUGUGCACCGGGCCCUUCCUCUCGGUGACGGGCGCCUCCUACGCGGGGUUGGUACUGCCGGCUCUCUUCGUACUGACCUUCGUCUGGGUGCCCGAAUCUCCAUACUUCCUGCUGCUGCGCAAGAAAGAGGGUGACGCGAAGGACACGCUGGCCCGGCUGCGCGCGAACACGGAUCUGGAGGCGGAGCUGCGGGAAAUGCACAAAGCCAUACAGCAGAAGCGGCAGACGCAGGGUUCUUUCAGAGAUAUCGUCUUCAACGCCGUCCACCGGCGGACGCUGCUGCUGGUGGUGGGUCUGACGGUGCUGUACCUGGGGACCGGGUCUCAGGCGCUGGUGGCGUUCUCCACAGAGAUCUUCAACCGCAGCGGCAGCUCCAUCGACUCGGACGUGAGCUCCAUCAUCGUGGCCGCGGUGCAGCUGGUCGCCAGCGUGUCGGCAUCGGCGCUGGUGGACCGGGCGGGCCGCCGGCCACUCCUCAUAUGCGGCUUCGUCGGCUGCGCCGUCUCCAUGGCGGCCCUCGGCGUCUACUUCUUCCUCGCCGACGCCCAGCACAUGGACAUGUCUGCCCUCUACUGGCUGCCGCUCACAGGCCUAACAGCUUUCCAGGCGUCGUAUGCCCUGGGUCUCGGGGCAGCCUUCUUCGUCGUCGUCGGGGAGAUAUUCCACGUGUCGGUGAAGGGUGUGGCGUCCUCGGUGGUGACUGCGGCGCUGGGCGUGGUGGGCUUCGCCACCAAGAUGUCGUUCCAGCCGGUGUCCGCCGCGCUCGGCACCCACUGGGUCUUCUGGGGCUUCGCUGUUAUCUCCCUGUGCGGAGCUCUCUACGUCUUCCUGCUCAUCCCAGAGACCAAGGGACAGACCUUCAGCGAGAUAAAUGAACUCAUGGAAAGCAGCGUCCCCACGGAAGUCGUGAACGAGAAAACCAAAGGUCAUCAUACAACCCCUUAA